UUUCAUUCCAGUAAACCUUCCAUCUCCAUUGGAUUUACAAUGUUAUUCUGACUUAUUUUUAACCAUCUCUAUUGAUUCUAAAUAUAUGUGUGAUUUCAAAAUUUGUCUAGUGUGACCGAAGACUUAACGAACCACUGAAAGAAACUAAAGUACAACUCCCUAGGAUCGAUAUUUCGGUAUCGGAUUGGUCCGGCCUAACUAAAUAAAAGGAAAAAAAAAUACAACGUUAUAACCGUUCGGAAUCGAUUCAAAAAUUCUUUGACGUCAGAGGGCGCUACAGUUGUGUAAGGACAAACGCACGUGCUGUAUUUUGCUCACCUUUCAGUGAAUACCUUGUUUCUUCUGGCUACGUGUAUCGCUGCAGACAUUCUCAAAGGUCAACUGUUCUCUGCCCCCGUGUGAGUACACAUUCGCUCACCCUCCGUUGAUAGUUUGGUCUACAACAAGGUACUCACCAUGCACGUGGAGAUUUCGGUAGCGCUCAACUUCGUCAUCUCCUACCUGUACAACAAGCUGCCCCGGCGGCGGGUCGACCUGUUCGGGGAGGAGCUGGAGAUUGGCCUGAAGGAGAAGUUCCAGGGCCACUGGUACCCGGACCGGCCGUCCAAGGGCUCCGGGUACCGCUGUGUCAAGGGCAACGGGGACGAGGUGGACCCCGUCCUGGUGGCCGCCGCCCUCAAGGCCGGCCUUGACAUUGUCGAGGUCAAGAGCUACCUGCCAGAGGAUCUCACUCUGUGGAUUGACCCCUCAGAGGUCAGCUACAAGAUCGGCGAGAAGGGCAUGGUCAAGGUUUUGUACUCGGAUAAAAAAGACGAUGACGGAAACGACAAUGUGGACAAAGAGGUCCAGGCCGCUAGCCGGACCUUCAACCCAGAGGCUCAAACCUUCAACCCUGAGGCUCAAACCUUCACCCCAGAGUCCCAGGUCUUCACCCCUGACGUGCUGGCCUUCACGCCUGACGUCACAGCGUUCUGCUCCGACUCGACCCAGUCGUUCCAGCCCAUUGACUCCCUCUCAUCCUCGCUGUCCAACCUCAGCCUCUCCCCCUCCUCCCCGGUACCCCCGGGCUCCUGGAGCACCGCCACCUCACCAUCAUCCAACCUCUUCAACUCGGCGCUCAACACCGCGAUGGUCCCCCCGGGGCUGCUCGGGCCCCGCCCCAACAGCUCCCACCGUCAGCAGUUCACGGCCGCCAUGUUCGCCCAAACCAAGUUCGGCUCCACCAAGCUGAAGACCCAGGUCAAGCGACCCAACCGACUUUCGCCAACCGAGUUCGGCAACUACUUUCGACAACAGCAGAGGAGCUACGCCGGUCCCCAGCGCCCGAGGUCACUGUCCCCACGUGACCCGCGGGUCGAGUUCCUAAUGGACCAGCAGCAGCGCAUGAUGAUGCAGCAGCAGCAGAUGUCGCCGUCGCAUCCCUUCGGUCCUCAGUUCCAGCACCAGCUGUCUCCCACGGGGGUCUACCCGGAGUUUCUUCGUCAGCAUUCGUCAGGUAUUUCCUCGCCACACUCUUCCCCACACCUCUCCCCCCACAUGUCCCCACACAUGUCCCCACAAGGCAACGGUCCAGCUUUCCAAGACCUCAUCCAGUCCAGCCCCAGUAUCGCCAGCCACCCCUCCCCUCCCGUCAACCCCAUCUCCCGCCCCAACACUCUCUCCCACACUGGACGUCUGUCUGGCUUCCCCAGCCUCAACAACUCAAUGGCCAGCUCAGCGUCGCAUCAAGGCUCACAGAUGGCCAUGUUCUCGCCUGAUGGCCACAAAUCUUUCGUCGAUGGCCUCAACGUGGCCCCUGUCAACUACCCCAACAGCCUGCAACAUCUCCUGAUGGCCAACUAAAACCCCAACCCAAACUGCUUCUCUCUGAUGGCCAACUAAAACCCCAACCCAAACUGCUUGUCUCUGACUGCGUUAGAAUUAACAAUUGCUUCAGUAUAAGGACUUCGGAGACCAAACCACCAAAACAAACGUCAUACCGAGGUGCUCAGAUCUCCUGCCGUGACGUCAUGCUCAAGUCUCGUGCAAGUCGUAACCAAAAUAUUACGUCACCCCAUUAACCCUCCCAAGCCCAAUUAUUAUUUCAUUUAUUUUUUUAUUGUUAACCUGUAAGUACUUUUAUAUAAAUGAUAUUUCCAUAUAUACAUAUAUUUAUUUAUUUUGGAUUCAAUUCCUUUUUUCCAUCAAGAUUCGCGAAACUUUCGUACCUACAUCAUCAUGUAUUCCUUAGAACUACGUCAUCAUGUUUUCCUUAGAACUACGUCAUCAUGUAUUCCUUAGAACUACGUCAUCAAACCGCUUGGUAUUGGAAGCUCACUGGCUCUUCGUUUAUCCUUUCUUUAGACCUAAGUCUGUAACCUUGACCUUUUCAGUUGUUUUCUUGUCAGCGCUGGUUGCGAGUCCAAUUCUGGCGGAUGUACGAGAGACGUGCCCAGCAACUCAACUCCCGGACCUUUUGUUGUGUCCGGCUUGCAAUGGUUUCUGUGCCAUUCAUCUUAGGAACUGUUUCUCUGCCUUUGUUAGUAGGUGGCGUCUGUGUUGUAGUGUGUGACGUCAGUGUUGUGAUGGGUGACGUCAGUGUUGUAGUGUGUGACGUCAGUGUUGUGCUGGGUGACGUCAGUGUUGUGAUAGGUGACGUCAGUGUUGUGCUGUGUGACGUCAAUAUUGUGAUUGAUGACGUCAGUGUUGUGUUAGGCCUAUAGUGACGUCUCUGUUGUGAUGGUCUUAUGGACAGCUGUCGACUGAAGCUGUUUAGUUGUUUGAAAACUUUUUCUUUAUUUUUUAAUUGCCCUUGUUGGCUACUGUCUCGCAUCAACCUUCUCCCGUGUGUGGGUGAGAGUUAUCCGCCCCUGACUGACUUUUCUCUUGUAGGUUCAUUCCCUAGUCUAGCUAUGUAACAAAUGCCGCGCUAAAUUGUCGACAUCAAUUUUAGAGUUUUGAUAUGACUUAAACAUGUUAAAUGCUAGCCAAAAAAAAAAGGUAUUGGCUUCUAUUUUGACAUCUAUAUUGUUUGUAUAUCAAGCCACCUCAUCUGGCAUCAACCUGUAGAAUAUCCUGGCAUAUGAGAAAAUGGUUGCAGAAGUCAAAUUCUCAGUACCAGCGGGCAUGUACAUUUAACUGCUAAUUUAUGAAAUACCAAAUGUGUCAUUUAUUUAUAUUUCGCAAAUCCUGUUCAAUUUUUUAAUACAACCAUUUUUUAUACAGCCCACAUCUGCUAGAUCUACCGAGCUCAGCAUUGUGGUGUCACUGUCAUACACCAACUGUUGGUGUCACUGUCAUACACCAACUGUUGACGGUGUCUACUUUGUCAUUCUACAACCAUCAAUGUUUAUAAGCUGAUGUUCAUAUUCCUUUUUAAAUGGCGGUAACACAUUAUGUACUGAGAAUAUAUAUAUAUAUAUAUAUAUAUAUAUAUAUAUAUAUAUAUAUAUAUAUAUAUAUAUAUAUAUAUAUAUAUAUCAGAGAAUGACUUUAUUCAAUAGGAUGUGUACGCAAUGUGUAUGGUUACUGAGUUCUAUUUUGAUUAUAAAUAUUUAUUCCUUUAUGUUGAAGUCCAAGUGUAUUUUAAAUCCUAAUGUCUUUCUAUUUCAUUCAAUUCAAUAACAUUAAGCAUUUUUUGUGAUCGAUCAUAUGUGAUAUCGAUACCCGGAGGUAUCGAUACAUAUUUUUAACAAAAUUUCCAUAUGUUUUGAUAGGGUAUCGAUACCAUUUUUUUCACAUACCCUGUAUUUUUUAGCUACCCCAGGUCCGAAACAGCUCAAGGGUAAAAGGUACGAAACUUGUCGGUUUUUCCUUGAACGUUGUCCGCUGCAAUAGACGCGUAUUUUGUUACACGUUUUUCAAUCAUAUCUUCGUAGUGGUGUUUUAGCUUUGCCAGUGAAAGAUGCCUUGUACGGUCUUAAUUUUUUUUAGUUGUAUUUGGAUCUGGGGACCUCAUCUGUUUCAUGUAUUAUUAUAAUUACUACAAUUAUCAUUAUUAUACUUAUUAUAAUUUAAUCGUCUGAUUGAAAUUUCACCAUAUUUUCUUAUUUUCUUACACUUUUUUAUAUUAUAGAAAAUGCUAAUUCUGUGUUGUGGUUUAUAUAAAUAUAUAAAUAUUAUAUUCUAUAUUUUUUAACAAGUCUUGGCUAUGGUCUAAAAGUAAUAAAGUGAGUAUGUUCUA